CUUCAUUUGAGAAAAACAUUCAAAUUUCAAAUAAUAUACAAAACCAAAAACAAACCCCCCCAAUAUUAUUCUUAUUCAUAUCAUUACAUUACAUUACAUUUCUCUUGAUUUCUCUCUAACAAUUAUUCGAACCAUUUCAUUUUGGAUUCGAGAGGUACGAAGUGGAGCAGCCAUGGUGAUGGAACCACGGAGUAAUAAUAAUAAUGGAUUGAAUCGGAAGCGAUUUGGAGCUUAUUUGCAGUCCGAUCCGGCGAUUUUUGCCGCCGAUGACAACGAUUUCUCUCCUCGCCACAGCAAUGCCUCUGCUGCCACUAGUCCGGUGUAUAACUACGACAAAUCGCCCCCCAGUGGUGAUGCUUCCCCGUAUUUGAUGUCUCCAUGGAAUCAGUCCACUUCGCCCUAUUCCAAAUCUCCCUGGACCCUUCGCUCGGGGAUGAAUUUGUACGACGACGAAUUUUAUGCUCAGAGUGGUCUCAUCGGCUCUCUCGUGCGUGAGGAAGGUCAUGUCUAUUCCUUGGCGGUAGCGGGGGAUUUGUUAUACACUGGAUCGGAUAGCAAGAACAUUCGUGUGUGGAAGAAUUUGAAGGAGUAUACUGGGUUUAAAUCAAAUAGUGGAUUGGUCAAGUCCAUAAUUUUGUGUGGAGAUAGAAUUUUCACGGGACAUCAAGACGGAAAGAUUCGUAUCUGGAAAGUUUCGUCCAAGAAUCCAAAAUCUCAUAGCCGAAUCGGAAGUUUACCGACGUUGAAGGAAUUCGUCAAAAGCUCAAUGAAUCCAAAAAAUUACGUGAAAGUCCGGCGCAAUCGCAACGUCCUCCGUAUAAAGCAUUUCGACGCCAUUUCCUCGAUGAGCCUAAACGAGGAGUUAGGGCUUUUAUACUCCGGAUCUUGGGACAAAACGGUGAAAGUCUGGCGAAUCGCAGAUUCAAAAUGCCUCGAAUCAAUCACCGCUCACGAUGACGCCGUGAACGCCGUCGCAUCGGGAUUAGAAAGCCUCGUGUUCACCGGAUCCGCUGACGGAACGGUGAAGGUGUGGCGGAGAGAGUUACAGGGGAAAGGUACGAAGCAUUUUCUGGUUCAGGUGUUGCUGAAGCAAGAAAAUGCGAUAACGGCGUUGGUUGUGAACAAAUCAUCGGCAGUUUUGUAUUGCGGCUCUUCAGAGGGAGUGGUGAAUUAUUGGGAGAGCGAGAAGCAUCUAUCACACGGCGGCGUCCUCCGCGGCCACAAACUAGCUGUGCUGUGUUUAGCGACGGCCGGAAACUUGGUGUUCAGUGGAUCGGCAGACAAAAGCAUCUGCGUGUGGCGGAGGGAAGAGAACACAGGAUCUCACACGUGUCUUUCGGUCUUAACCGGCCACUCAGGACCGGUCAAAUGCUUAGCCGUUAAGGAAGAUGAAGAAGAAUCGCCAUCGUCACCGGAAGAGGAAAGCGAUGUGAAAAAGGCGUACGGAAUUAGCUCCCGCAAGCGGCGGUGGAUUGUGUACAGUGGUAGCCUAGAUCGGUCGGUGAAGGUGUGGCGCGUGGCGGAGAACGCGCCGGAGCUGUUGAAAUUCCGGGACGCGGAUAGGACGUACUUGAACAAGAAGUAGUAAAUGCAGAAAACGGUGAAGAAGAAGUGGGGCGUUUCAUUUUGCAUGGCGUUUGGGGGACUUGCAAAAGUUGGGAGAUUUCCUGCGGAAGGGUGUACGCAACUGAAUACAACAAAGCUAUUGAAACCACGCCACGUGGAAUUGCACGAAAUCCGCUGCGACCACGUGUAAAUACGGAGGAAGAUAAACGAAAGAAUCCAAAGGAAAACGAAAAUAAUGUGGUUGGAUUGCAAAUAGACAGUUUUUUGGGGGGUGGCGGUUUGUGAAUACCGAAUUUUUCAGGUAUGAAAGUGAAAAGUCUUUUUUUUCUUUGUUAGUAAAUGUGUUUGUCGUUUGAAGAAGUUUGUAAAUUGGGAAUUUUCAAGCCGACAUGGACAUUUAUUUCCUUUGUGUCGUGUCGUUUUGAUGUUUUGGAAAUUAGAAAUUAGAGAGGAGCGAGGGGGGUUGCUUCGUUGCAGCUUUGGAUUGAAGAUUCUAUAUUGUUUGGUGUGUGUUGUUUCUUUUUUUCUUUUUGUACAAAAAUUUUACGCUCAUAUAUAUAUCAAUACAAAAUGUUUUGUUGCUUAUCCUUGAAGUAAUAUAAAGGUGUAAUAUUCUCUUUCACCUUUUUCUUUUCCUUUUCUUGAAUUUUACCUUAUUUUUCUUUACAAAUUAAUAUAUACCAUCGGUAUGUGUUUUAUUUAUCUUUUUGGUGGAUCUUAACGUGAGGUAUACUUAUACUUGAAUGGGAAAGGAAUAUUAACUGAUUAGUCAUCAGUUAUUAUUUCACCUUUCUGAAAAACCCACCACCUCAUAUUAACGGCCACAGACGGUUUUUGUCUCUAACUUCAAAUCUAAUACUUUUGAUUUUCUGAUCAAAUUCUCUUAAUUUUGUAUGUUUAUGGAAUUCUUGAUCCCUACAAAAUUAAAUGAUCAGGAAGUUUAUAGAUAUAGAGAAUGAAAUGAGCGGUAGAGUAAAGGACAAUGGAAACCCUCUAGUCUUCGACCCACCACCCCUCAUAACUGUAACAAAAUAGACCAAUUGUAAUUGCAAAAGAUAUUGUCUUUCAUCAUAACAAAUUAAGAAGGAAACAUGGGAGUAAGGGGUAAAAUGAGAUGUUGGAUUAUUAGCUAACAAAACCUUGAAACUUUUUUUUGUAUCUUUCCUUCAGACGCACAAUAAAGUUCUAUUGGCGCGAAUUCGCUGUCAUUAAAAACUAUGGUUAGUAAUUACAUUAUUGCUGAAAACUAAUUUGAUCCUUAAACCACUUUUAAUUAGUUACAUUUGUUAAAAUGGGAGUUUUACAUUUGUUCCCCCCCUACAUUUAUGGCAGUCGUUUCCUAUGGUUCAUAUCCAGUUUUACCCAUAUUAUAGUCUAUAAGUUUGAAGAAUUAAUUCACUUUCCUCGAUUUUUUUUCAAGAACUAAAUUGCAAAAAAUAGGUAGGCAAACGAAAGGAAAAAGACUUUUUUUCGUCUCAAUGUUUCAAACUAUUACACAAGUUGGUCUUAAAAAGGGUUUUCUUACAUAUAAAUUUGUGUGAUUUGGUAUACGUACUCAAAAGUGUUACUAUUAAUGUCCAAUUACUAUUACACAAAUUUGUGUGAUUUUAGUAAUGGCAGAGAAAAGAGAGAUCCAACAUAAAUUCCACACAAAAACAGCAUUUACAAGGAAAGAAAGAAAGAAAGAAAGAAAGAAAGAAAGAAAGAAAGAAAGAAAGAAAGAAAGACAAGUCGAGAGUUUAACAUUAGAAAAGUACUCUAAGUUAGUGUUGCCAUCAACAGCGGGGUCACCAAACAAUGAACCGAUCAAUUAGCAAGAAAAUGGUGGAUUCCGAAAGAAUCACCUCCUUGGGCUUGGGAUCAUCAAUUGCAAUUGGUUUGUUCUGUUUGGUAGGCUCCUGGAUGGAUAUCUGACGGCGAUCUGUGGUUGUGAGCGUGGGCAAGAAACGGCUAGAAGAAUUAGCUAGAAAUCCAUCUCGGAAUUUGGCGAGCUGGCUCAUGCACAUCUCUAAGGUGGGUGAAAUCUUCAUAAAAAGAGAGAUAGGGAAGAGGA